CUCAACGCAGUUGUUUGGGUGGUAGCGUUAAGUAGUUGACAAGAAAGCGGAACUAGCUAACUAGCAAGCUAGCCAGCACAUUAGCUAGUUUAAUAAGUUGUUCUCUCGGAUCUCGCCCUAUUUGCGAUACCUGAGCACCACUGAAACUUUUCAGACAAUGCCUCAGAAUAUUGAGCUCGGUGCAGCGGGAGGAGCCCCCAAAAAGGACAGCAGCAAUAUGGACGACAUGACUGUGGAACAGAUGGCAAUCAGGGCCAACCAAGUGACUGACGAGUCACUUGAAAGCACACGGAGGAUGCUACAGAUGGCAGAAGAGAGCAAACAAACUGGUGUUAAUACUAUGGUGAUGUUGGACCAGCAAGGAGAACAGCUGAGGCAUGUGGAGCAGGGCAUGGACCAGAUCAACCAGGACAUGAGACAGGCUGAGAAAAACCUCACUGACCUCUCCAAGUGCUGUGGGCUCUGUGUCUGCCCCUGUAAUAGAGUGUCAUCAAUUGAGAAUGACUCACGGUAUAAGCGUACCUGGGGUACUGGAGGACCCGAAGGAGAAAUCAAUGCAGAUGGCUCAAAUGUAGUCUCAACGCAGCCGUCAGGGGUCCGCAAUGGCCAGGCUGCCCAGGUUAAUGCUUCGGGACCUUCGGGCCCAUACAUCCAGAGGAUAACCAACGAUGCGCGUGAAGACGAGAUGGAGGAGAAUCUGGAUGCAGUCGGCGGCAUCAUUGGCAACCUGAAAAACCUUGCUGUGGACAUGGGAAAUGAGAUAGACAAGCAAAAUAAACAGAUUGAUCGCAUCACAGAUAAGGCGGAAAUGAACAAGUUGCGCAUCGAUGAAGCAAACCAGAGAGCCAACAAGCUCAUCAAAUAGACGAGGAAUCCUUCUUCUGCCGGUUUUAUCAACCUUGAGCCUCUUUCGCUAUACACACACACACACACACACACACACACUGUAUAUUUUUGUGCCUCUGCAAACACACACUUUGCAAGGAAAAAGAAAUUCUCUCAAGAAGUUUUGCCUGCCUUUUUAAGAUGUAAGUAAAAUAAAGACAUUUAAAAAUUGUCAAUCACCAUUCACGUCUUUUUGCAAAUAUGCAUAGUCAUGCUGGACUGAGAAGCAGUGUGGUUUAGUGAUACUUCAGUAAGUGGUUGAUACCAAACUACAUAAAUGUAACAUUCACAGGGAGGGAAGUGGCACAUGUGCUGCUUUCCAAGUCUUUUUUUUUUUUCUUUUCUCUAAAUCAGUUAUGAGCUGUUUUGUCUAAGUAUGACCACUGUUAACUCGUGCGUAUUCAUAAGCUGUUGUCUCCAUACAGCCUCAUGUUUAAAAGGAAACAUCAACUUUAGUCCAAAAUGCAUCUUACUCAAAUCCUCAUUGGUUCAUUGUGUAAUUAAGUUUAUUGUAUCGUGUAAUACUUUUGCUUAUUUAAUUAUUCAUCAAGCAGAAAUGACUUGUUAAUCAAGUUCUCUUUAAUAUGGUGUUCCCAUGUCAUUUAUGCCUGUUUUAGAUGAAACAGCUAUAUAUAUUUUUUAAACAAAAUCUUGUUGCUUUGGAGUGAGUGGUGGUAGAUCUUCCUGCAAUUGACAGCACCUAUCCCUGAAUGAAAGAAUUUUGAUAUUACUUGUUAAAAUUUGUGACUGAUGGGAAGUCAUCGUUGUUGUAAUUAUUUGCUACAAAGCAAUGAGCUGGGGUUAGAAACUUUAUUGCAAUUUCUCAUCCUUCAAAUGAGAAGGAAGGUCAGUAAAGCUCAUGGGAAAUGUUUAUCAUUACCUCCUCUAAGGCAUUUAGUUUACUUAACACUGAACAUGGGAAAUGUAACAGUGGUUGAACAGCAGUACUGCUGUCCAUAAUUACUGUUUCUUCACUUUGACCACAGUGUUGUUGUAAAUACUGUUUAAUUGCCUUUAGUCAUUGUUAGUCUAAUUUCAUUACUUUUUGUUACCACUUGGUUAAUGGAAAUUAAUGGCUUACAAAAGGAGAUUUAACAACCUACGCAGGGCUUCUACACAUCUGUUGUGCAGAAAAUUCCUCAAGUUCGAUAAUUGUGAACAUAGUUUAAACCAAUGUAGUCUCUCAUUAUGUACUGAGUUCAGGUCAGUUGAUAAUGAUAAACUAGAGAAAUGAGUCCAGAAAGCAUUUUGAUUUUUAGAAGUGGGGCAAUCUGUAGGAACCCAGUCAAUCUUAUAUAUGAUGUAUGGUUGUGUUGUAACAGCCACUGCAUCAUAAAAGGCUCCUCUUGCAUCUGUAAACAGUCUUACAGCUAGGGUAAAGUAAUAUCUGGCGAUGGAAAGCAUAAUUUGAAUUUGUUUUGUCGAAGCCGUAGCCGGGCUGAGAAAUCGUCGCUGGCAGCAAAAUGCAAAAAGUAUACAUGCAAAUUAAAGUUGUUAAAGGGGGUAAAUGUAGAAGCACAAGAAGUCCUGGUGGUUUGUGUUAAGGCUUGCUGAGGAAAAUUGGGUGAUGAUAAAGGAAAACAGUCUGCUGAAAAUAUGCCAUAUGCAUCUCCUCACUUAUUUGUUUUGAAGAAAAAUUAUGAUUUGUAUGCUGUGCUGCAGGCACAUACCUACUCGGUUUGUAAAGAUUGAAAUGAACUGUUUUCAGGGCUUUGUAUUGCUGUAAGUGAUCAUCCUCAGCCUGUUACGUGUGAGCUCGGAUCUAAUUAGUCUAUUCUAAAGCUGUCUUGAAGCUGUUUAUUCAUUGUUUCACCCACAGCCACUGGAAUGUAAAUACAUAAUUUUUGUGUAUUUUAAAUAUGUUCAUAUGGAGCUCAUCUUAUCUGAAAUUGGCUCCAUUAACGUAUGACUGCUCAAAGUGAAAAUGCCUUCUGUUUCACGCUUGCUACUGUUAAAUUGUUUGUACUCAAUAAAUCUAUAAUGAAAUUGAA